AUGAACUGUCACACGGCAUCGAGGACAGCGGGCCGAGCUCUCUCCUCUCACGCACGAACAUGGAGAGCUGGGGCAUGCUUUCCACUGCUGUCCCGGCCCAUUGCCCACUCCACGUCGCGCCUAGACAAAUGCUGUGCGUCAAAGAAGAAGCCGGUGCCGCAGGGCGGCGCGCAGCCUGCACCAUCGAUAGGCUUCUGGUCAUCCCGGCCGACGUGGCACAGGGCGUCGCUCAACACGCUCCGUUGCCUCGUCGGGUGCACGACAGGCGAUUUCAGCGCCAUGUGGCUGCUCCAGACUCACUACCCGGAGCUGGGCAUGCCCGCCAUCAUGGGCAUCUCUAUGGCGGCUGGCAUAUCUACAUCCAUGGUUCUUGAGACUGUGCUGCUCCGGCUCGGCCGCGACGGCUUGUCCUGGCCGGCGGCCGCAAAGACGGCGGCGGGCAUGAGCCUCAUCUCCAUGGUCACGAUGGAACUGGCUGAAAACAUGGUUGAUUACUCUUUGACGGGCGGCGCGGUGGCGUUUGACUCGCCCGCAUUUUGGCUCUCGGCGCUCGUGUCCAUGGGUGCAGGAUUCCUAGCGCCGCUGCCGUACAACUACCACCGACUGAGAAAGUAUGGCAAGGCGUAUUAUCGCGAUAUCGUCAUGAACUACUAUACCAACUCUGCAGGCCCGGCACGGUCUGCGCCGCCGCAAACACCACCGCACCACGUUAGUCUUCAGAAUCUGGAGCUGACCUUGGCGGCGUUGCAGCUCGGCGAUCAGCUCGUUUACGAGUCUCAAACACAGAGCUACCGAUUCGCCCUCUUCAGGUUCCGCAGACACGACGGGUCGAGGAUCGCCCUCAAGGUCCAGCAACAGUGGCCGAUAGCCACACACCCCGACAAUGUGCAAAAUAUGGUGCGGCGCGAGCUCUACGCGCUGAAGAAGCUGGAAAGCAUCCAUUUUCGGUACGCGCCAAAGUGCAUCGCGUUUGAUCUCUCGUUCAACAAUCCGAUUCGGAUGCCGUUCCUGGUGGUGACGUGGACCGAGGGCGAGCCGCUGGCGUGGACAACCCACUAUCCGCCGAUGGAUAUGCGCAUGCGGGUGCUGAACCAGCUUUUCCAAAUACAGCUGGAGCUCAUUGAGGAUUCGCUAGAAAGCUGUAAUGAGACGGCUAGACACUUUUACUCGCGACUCAUUCAUGACAAGUUGAUGAUUGCGCCUCGAGGACCGCCCGGCCUCGGCAGCAUACCCACACAAGAAGACUACUGGAGCCAACUGGCGCAGCUCGAAUGUGUUCUCGGCUCGGCCCAAGACGAUAAGACCUAUGCCAUUGCUCACAAUAACCUUGUGCCCGAGAAUAUCAUCGUCGACAGAGAGCACAAUAUCGAAUGCCUCGUCGGCUGGAGCUUUGGUGGUCUGUACCCGCUCAGCCAGGCCGCCAUCCUGCCUCGCUUCCUCGCGCCCGCCAUCGGCAUCGAGGAUGCUGCCUCGGCGCGGCAGAUUGCGCACGCCGCCGUCGGCGACAAGAUUCAGUACCGCCACCCGCUCAACCUGUACAACAUGGCCCCGACGCCGGGCAGACAGGCCAUGGUGAGGUGGCAAAACGGCGACGACGCCGACUUUCGCGCCCUCUACCUGCUGUCAAUGAAGCACAGGGACAUCCACGCGUGGCUGGCCCGGCACCGCUGGCGGCCGCCGCACUGUCAGGCGUGGCGCGACGUGGGGAGGAUGCCGCAGCCGCAGCCCCGGCCGGUGUCAGUGCCGGCGGUGCCGAGUGAGCACAAGCGCGAAGGCGAGACGGGGCGGUUGCAGUAA